GAGCUGUGACUGAUGAGAAUUAAAGGCCAUGGAUGAAGAUGGACUUGAAUUACAACCUCAAGAGCCAAACUCAUUUUUUGAUGCAACAGGAGCUGAUGCUACACACAUGGAUGGUGAUCAAAUUGUUGUGGAAGUACAAGAAACUGUUUUUGUUUCAGAUGUUGUGGAUUCAGACAUAACUGUGCAUAACUUUGUUCCUGAUGACCCAGACUCAGUUGUAAUCCAAGAUGUUAUCGAGGACGUUGUUAUAGAAGAUGUUCAGUGCCCAGAUAUCAUGGAAGAAGCAGAUGUAUCUGAAACGGUCAUCAUUCCUGAGCAAGUGCUGGACUCAGAUGUAACCGAAGAAGUUUCUUUAGCACACUGCACAGUCCCAGAUGAUGUUUUAGCUCCUGAUAUUACUUCGGCCUCAAUGUCUAUGCCAGAACACGUCUUGACGAGUGAAUCCAUACAUGUGUCUGACGUUGGACACGUUGAACAUGUGGUUCAUGAUAGUGUUGUGGAGGCAGAAAUCGUCACUGAUCCUCUGACAGCCGACGUAGUGUCAGAAGAAGUGUUGGUGGCAGAUUGUGCCUCUGAAGCAGUCAUAGAUGCCAAUGGGAUCCCCGUGGACCAGCAAGAUGAUGACAAAAGCAACUGUGAGGACUACCUUAUGAUUUCCUUGGAUGAUGCUGGCAAAAUAGAACAUGAUGGUUCCUCUGGAAUGACCAUGGACGCAGAGUCGGAAAUUGAUCCUUGUAAAGUGGAUGGCACUUGCCCUGAAGUCAUCAAGGUGUACAUUUUUAAAGCUGACCCUGGGGAGGAUGACUUAGGUGGCACUGUAGACAUUGUGGAGAGUGAACCUGAGAAUGAUCAUGGAGUUGAACUACUUGAUCAGAAUAGCAGUCUUCGUGUGCCAAGGGAAAAGAUGGUUUAUAUGACCGUCAACGACUCUCAGCAAGAAGAUGAAGAUUUAAAUGUUGCUGAAAUCGCUGAUGAAGUUUAUAUGGAAGUGAUUGUAGGAGAGGAAGACGCUGCUGCAGCAGCGGCAGCAGCUGCUGCACAUGAACAGCAAAUUGAUGACAAUGAAAUCAAAACCUUCAUGCCAAUAGCAUGGGCAGCAGCUUACGCAAUAAUUAUUGGCCCUGAUGGACAUCCCUUGACUGUCUAUCCUUGCAUGAUUUGUGGGAAAAAGUUUAAGUCACGAGGCUUUUUGAAAAGACACAUGAAAAACCAUCCAGAACACCUUACGAAGAAGAAGUACCGCUGUACUGACUGCGAUUACACUACCAACAAGAAGAUAAGUUUACACAACCACCUGGAGAGCCACAAGCUGACCAGCAAGGCAGAGAAGGCCAUCGAGUGCGAUGAGUGUGGGAAGCAUUUCUCUCAUGCUGGGGCUUUGUUUACUCACAAAAUGGUGCAUAAGGAAAAAGGAGCCAACAAAAUGCACAAGUGUAAAUUCUGCGAAUACGAGACCGCUGAACAGGGGUUACUGAAUCGCCACCUCUUGGCGGUCCACAGCAAGAACUUUCCUCAUAUAUGCGUGGAGUGCGGUAAAGGUUUUCGACACCCCUCAGAGCUCAAAAAGCACAUGCGAAUCCAUACCGGGGAGAAGCCGUACCAGUGCCAGUACUGCGAAUACAGGUCUGCAGACUCUUCUAACUUGAAAACACACGUAAAAACUAAGCAUAGUAAAGAGAUGCCAUUCAAGUGUGACGUUUGUCUUCUGACUUUCUCCGAUACCAAAGAGGUGCAGCAACAUGCUCUUAUCCACCAAGAAAGCAAAACACACCAGUGUUUGCAUUGCGACCACAAGAGCUCGAACUCAAGCGACCUGAAACGACACAUCAUUUCAGUUCACACGAAGGACUACCCCCAUAAGUGUGACAUGUGUGACAAAGGCUUUCACAGGCCUUCUGAACUCAAGAAGCAUGUGGCUGCCCACAAGGGUAAAAAAAUGCACCAGUGUAGACAUUGUGACUUUAAGAUUGCAGAUCCAUUUGUUCUAAGUCGCCAUAUUCUCUCAGUUCACACGAAAGAUCUUCCGUUCAGGUGUAAGAGAUGUAGAAAGGGAUUUAGGCAACAGAAUGAGCUUAAAAAGCAUAUGAAGACACACAGUGGCAGGAAGGUGUAUCAGUGUGAGUACUGUGAGUAUAGCACUACAGAUGCCUCAGGCUUUAAACGGCACGUUAUUUCCAUUCAUACGAAAGACUACCCUCACCGCUGUGAGUACUGCAAGAAGGGGUUCCGAAGACCUUCAGAGAAGAACCAGCACAUAAUGCGACAUCAUAAAGAAGUUGGCCUGCCCUAACGAUUCUUACACAGACGUUUGUAGAGAUGUUGGCAUUGAAGCAGAAAAUUCAUUUUAAAGCCAAUCAGUCUCGUUCACAUACAAUACUGUAUAUUGAUUUAUGCUGUGUACAAAUAGAAUUACUGCUUCUAGUUGACUUUUUUUUUACAUUUUGUUCAAUAGUGUGUUCUGAAUUCUAUUCAGUUUGUUUAAUAAAUGGGGAAAAGUGGCAACAAGCAAGUUGCUUUUAAUAAAGUAAUCCCUGAUUCUAUACUGAAUUUUUCUAUCUUAGAAGUUUUAUAUUUAUUUAAAUAUUUACCGUGCUUACCUUGAUGGUACUCUUCUAAGACCAUUUAACUUAAAGUUAAGGUAACUUUAGAUUGGUAGCUCUGACAGUACUCAUGUUGACUCUCUCUUUUCCCAUAAAUUUCUCACAAUAAAAUUGUCAGAGACAUCUACUAACAUAAAUUGGGAGAUUUUUACGGUCAGGUCUAAUUAUCCUAACAGAAUUCAUUUACUUGUCUUGUUUAAUAUUUUCAGACCACAUGACAAUGGAAGUUUCCAUUUGAGCUUUUGUGUCCCUGGCAUCGCCGAGUAAAGAGCAGUGGCUGGGUUCGUGUUACUUUUCAUUUUGUUCGGACGCAAUAUACUUUUGGGGAGGCUUUCUUUGGAGUAUUUACAUCUGUUGUCAGCAUAGCAAAUUUUAGAAAACUUUAUUGAACAAUUUUGCUUGAUCAUGUUGUAUUUUGAUUAUUCUGUCUGUGCUGCUUUGUCUUGGAAUGGUUGUGUGCUACAAAUGAGACUUAUUGAGGACUGCAUUUGGAAUCUCCUAGAGGUAAUUCGUGGCUCAUAGGAUCUUUUGCAACUUUAUAUAUGUAAAUGUACCCUGAAUUAUGUAUAUGCACAUAUAUAUAACAUGUAUCUGUGUGUAUUGCUUAUUUUACAUAUUUAUACACACAACCCCAAGUAGUAGUUGUUUAAAAUCUAUAAUGAAAAGUAUUAAAUUUACGAUAACAUGAAAGAUGCAGGGAUGCAUGAGAGAGCAUUUUGUUAAUCAUGCUCUUCAGAGAGACUACUCAGGUGAAGAAUUAGAAGGAAAAUAAGGACACUAGUAUUUUUAAAGAGUAAAGGUAUUUUCUUUUAAAUAUCUUUGGUAACUGAAAAAUAGAAGUUAAGAUGUUUCUAGAUAGAAUGUUUUCAUAUAACUUCAGCUCCAUGCCUUUAUAUUUUUCUGAAAAGCUAAUGAGUAUCCAGACCUAACUCUGUCAGUUGUCUCUGGGAAGCUUGUGAGGGAACUCUGUGUCACCAAGUGUGGGGGGACAAAGGAAGCAGCAGCUCCGUGGACCAGAGAAUGGGUGCUAAUUACGACUUAAACUUGGCAAGUCCAGCCUGCUCUGUUAUUUCUUAGUUACAGUCAGCAAACUUUAAAAAACUUAAUGCUUAAGUUGACUUUGAUUAGAAGAUAAAGGUAUGUUUUAAGUGCAUGAGAAAAAUCUGAGGCCUUAUUUGGAACAUCACCUACUCUUUCACAGUUUGGUUUUUCUUUGAAAGUUGACAUUUUUUAACACAUAGUUCCAAAUCAGUAUCAAAAAUUCAUAAAAACGAACUUGGUUAAUUAGAAUUUGAUUAUGUUAAGAUAAAUUGGAGAACAGAAAACCAUUUUGGGGGCCCCAAUUGGCUGUUGGCGCAUGAGUAUCUGGCACAUCAUUGAGAGGCAGGAAUUUUCUUCCCACUGGUAGCUGCCUAGCCACUUCAUUAUGGUGCUCCAUCGCCUUCGUGCUAUUGGGUUUUUACCUUUCAUCUUUCUCUUUGCCAUUGAUACUUGUAGGCGAGAGUUAUUUAUAGGGUUAGAAGUCGAAGUAUCUAGUGUUUGGCAAGCCUCUGAAGUGCUAGAUUGAUUUAGUCCAGCUCUAAAUCAAGUGCUUUAGGCUGGUAUGAACUCCAACCCGAAUGCCAGUCAAAGCCACGGCAUAGGAGCCCCUAUGCCCUCUUGGCCCCAUAAUGUGCUUUCUUUUUCUUUCUUUAAAGUAACUUACAGUUGUGUGAUUCAUUACCCUGCAGUACUUUUCUUCAACGCUCUGUCUGUUUUUUUGUGAGAACCUUUAAAAUCUCCCUUAAUUUAAAUUUUUCCCAGAAAUAAUGUAAAAGAAAACACUUAAAUGAAAGUGGAAAUUUAUUAAUUUUAGAACAUCCUGUAAAAGUUAAUACAGAAAAUAUAAAUAAUUGGUCCUUUAACUAUAUUUUUUUAAAUAAACUGAAAGAUAAAGAACACAACACUUUACACACUUUAUAUUUCUCUUACAUAGUCUGGAAUCAUACACAGUUCUUUUCUUUUUAAAGCACAAUAUUGAAACCUUUAAAAGGUAUUUAAGGGUUUGGUCAAGUGAAUAUGAUAAAAUGUAUUUGUCUGUAUAAAGAGAAAAUGAAGUUGUAGUCACUGUUAUGUACUGACAUUAGUUACAACCUAGUUUUAAUUCUUAAAACAAUUUUGAUUAGCAAAGCUAAAAAAAAUGGAUGUUUCAGUUAAAUGUUUUAAAGAGGUACAGAUUUUUACAAGGACAUAAUAUAAGUUAUUGUUCUGUAGAAAUAUCCUAUUAAAUAUUGUAUGUCCCUCCCUCUGUACACUUUGUAAAAAAAGUAAAAUACAUAAAAAGAAAAUCAUAUAGGGAUGUGUGACAUUAUUGUAAUUGUGUACUUGAGAAUAACGUGCAAAAAUAAAAAUCAGAAUAUUUUCCUGUUAAUGUUUAGUCUAUUUGAUACCAGUACUAAGUUAAUGGUUUUUCUUAAGAAAAAAAAUGUACAGUUUUUGUAAACCUAAUAAACAUCAAAAGCAGUGGAUUA